AUGGUGGAAAGAACUGGGCUUCAUAUCGGAGCUCUGCAAGAAGUCGUGCAACUUCGUCUUCCUCGAUGCCGAGUUCCCGGGCUUCCUCCAGUCGCCUCCCCGCGGGAAGAGGAAAUCUACAGCGCUCUCAAGUACAACGUCGACAGGAUGAAGCUGAUACAGCUGGGAAUCACCCUGACUAACGAAGAGAGCUACGCCUCCUGGCAGUUCAACAUGAAGGACUUCGAUCCUCGGGUCGAUGAUUGCUCGGAAGCCUCGAUAGAGUUUCUGAAAAAGAGCGGGAUUGACUUCGGCAAGAAUCUCAGGGACGGGGUCAGCGCGGACGUUCUCUCGAAGGGGCUGGUGGAGAACUCGCUGCUUAGGGGAGGCGAAGGGCUGAAGUGGAUCACUUUCCACGGCAUGUACGACCUCGCGUACCUGAUCAAGAUCGUCUACGGUCAGACGCCUCUGCCGGACACGCUGGCGGGUUUCUUGAGAUUGGUGAGAAAACUAUUCGGUACGAGGGUCUACGACCUCAAACAUAUGGCGAAGGAGUACGACGCGUCUCUCUCUGAGGUGGGCCUGGUUAAGCUUUCGAGGGUGCUGGAGAUCGAGUGGACGGGGAGCUCGCAUCAGGCAGGGCAUGACAGCCUGCUCACGGCAAUGGCGUUCUGGAAGAUGAAGAGGGAGUUUCCGGAUUUUGACGAGGGGAAACAUGCGGGGAUACUCUAUGGAUUCGAAGAACACGGGAAAAGGGAGUCGGGGAACAUCGUGAUGCUCUUCAAUCCUGUAGCUCUGGCUAGCAUCGCUUUGAGCCGUCAGAGUUGUGCGCCUCUAGCGCCCUUUCGUCGUGCUCCUCGGCUGUAUGCUUAUCGUGGCGUCUUUCCGCCAGGCUGUGGUCCUGUUCCUGGGCCGCCGUUUGCCUACCGUGGUGGCUUUCCCGCGGGAUACCAUCCGAUUCCGAGUCCCUACGGCUACUGGGCCGCUCCGCCACAGCCUUCUCCCUUCGUCUCAGUGUAAAUACCAGUUUGCUUCCGCAUUGGCUGUCAACGUGUACAUGCGUUUGUGAUACAUACCAGUUUGUGAAGAGUUUCUUGAUGCUGUGAACAGUGGAUGGAUACGCGUAUUGUUUUUAUUUCAUGUUGGCGUCUGUUUAAUUAGCUGUGGAUUUUAGACUAGCAUAACCCUUAAUUUUCAUGUUGACGUCUCAUGUUGGUAUCUUUUUAGUUGCAUGUAUUGG